AUGCCGACGCCCCCCGCCCAUGGUGAUGCCAUCCAUGAACGCUACGAUCGGCUUGGCAUAGGUGAACAGCCGGUGGUUCAUCCGGUAUUCGGCGUGGAAGAAACUGCGCCGCCUCACCGUCGCCCGCGCCGCUUUCGGCGAGCAGACGAAUGUCGCCGCCCGCACAGAAGCCGCGACCUUCGCUAUGGUCGAUGCGAUGAUGGCCUCGACAUCGAGGUCCGCCCGCCAGUCUUCCAGCGCGGCGAGUACCCCUCGCACAUCUCACGGUCAUGCGGCUCUCUUACCUUUCUUCUACCACCCCCGGCGAAGCGUCAGUCCAGUUGCCAAAGAUUGGCGUCAGUCCUUCAAAAGAUCCCGCCCGACGAUCAUUCGCAUCACCUGAUUGGUGCCUUCCGUGAUCGAAUGCACGCGCAGAUCGCGCCAGAAGCGUUCGAUCGGGUAAUCCAUCAGAUAGCCGUAGCCGCCAUGGAGUUGCAGCGCCCGGUCGACCACCGACGAUCCGGUAUCGGUCGCCAGCCGCUUGGCCAUCGCGGCGAAGCGGGUCUUGUCGGGCGCGUUGUCGGUCACCUUGGCGGCGGCGAGAUAGAGCAGCGCCUGCGCCGCCUCCAGUUCGGUCGCCAUGUCGGCCGUGCGAAUUGCGUGGUUCUGGAACUCGGCGAUGCCGAACUGGCGGCGGUCCUUCACAUACGCGACCGCCUCGUGAACGUUGCGCGCCGCCCAGCGAGCAGGCGCCGGUUCCAACCGCCGCCGUCAGCCCCAUCAUCGCGAUGCAGGAACCCCUUCACCCUCCGCGCCCAGCCGGUUGGCGACGGGAAUGCGGACGUUGUCGAACAUGACCUGCCGCGUCGGCUGUGA